AUGUGUGCUGUUCAAUAUGCGUACCAUGGUAAGCAGCGUCUUAAUGUGCAUAUCAGUAAUUGUGUUAACGUCGUUCUUUCCUGUACGCCGUUCUCAUUUUCAAAUGAACCUAACCUCAUGGAAUACCUUGACAAUCGGUUGGAUACGGUCGUGUCGACAUUGAAUCUUGACUACGUUCUUGAUAAUGCACUUUACAUUACACUGUUAUCUGGAAAAUGA